CAUCACUGUCAACGAAGAGAUAGCUAAAGAGACUUACUUGUGCACUUUUCUGUCGUCCCCUUACGGAUUAGUGUGAUCUCGGCGUCGUUUUGAGACAUAAUGGCUCUGGCAGCCUACAGACAUCUCCUACGAGCGACACGGAUUGCUUUUAAUGGAGACUUCCAUCUCCUCCAUGCCGCACGAACCCAAGCACGAGCCGGCUUUGACAGCCUUAGCUCUCUUGACCCCAGUUCUCAAGAGGCGCUCAAAGGGAUAGAACAUGCCGAAGGUGUCGCUUCUGUGUUACGACACAACAUUGUGCAAGGACAGAGAAUAGAAGGCACCGAUGCAAUGAAACUCAACCUACACAAAGACAUUGAGCGAGGCGAUAACGAUACUGUCAAAAAUCCUCUGGGAAAGGGUGGCAAAGUGAAAGUGGGAGGCCUAUGAAAGAAGUUUUGUUUGACAAUCUGAUACGCUAUGAUGCUUGUUUGCCAUCUUAUCCGGUUCCCCAACGCCAUGCUCGAGAUAUAAAACAGCGCCUCGGCUUGGAUCAAUGCGAUCAAUCACCCGCCAUACUCGCAUAGGAUACCUCUUCCUGUCCAGGUGGAGCUGUGACAGUGAAGCUUGCGGUCUCUUCGUCUGAAGGGCCCUCGAGAGCUGGGGCACCUUCCCUACCGGAAAUCCCUCGACUACUCGACUGAGGAUUGGAAGUGCUUCCAGUUUGGCGCCCCUCCCUUGCCCACUCCAUCCUCUGCUCCCGGUCGGCAUUGUCGAGCGGCUUGGGCUUGCCCCAUCGGACACGCAGUGGACAUCCUUGAAUUACAGCUUUCCCUUGACACUUUGCAGCAGCAGCUUCAGCACCAUCCCUUGUCGCAUAGUUGAUGAAGGCACAAUGAGCUCUGUGAGAGCAGACAAUCGAUCUGAUUUGACCGAAGGGUGUGAAAAAGGUUCGAAUGGCGUGCUCUGGCAAGUCGUCUUCCACUCCGGUAACAAACAAGGAGGUGAUAUUAGGAUCUGCAGGCGGCAAAUAAUCCUCUGGCUGUGGAGGCCGUGCUGUGCCUGCAACACCUCGGCCGGCGCCUGCGCGAGGUCCGCGUUGUGUAUUUCCGGCUUUCCUCGAAUCAGAUGUCCUUACUGGACCAUAUCCGCUCUUCUUCUGAUCGGGUGGGUUUUCUGACGAUCCUUCGGCUUCCAGUCGUCGCUGCUUCUUGUAAUAUGGCUCGCUUUUUGCUAGUCUUCUCAGUAGAUCUCUAGCCUUCUCAUCUGUCUUAUCGUAAA